CGGUAUCAAGCGUUGAUCUCUAGUGACAAAUUUGGAGAUUUAGUGCUAGAAUCUCGUCCUGUCGCAGUAAUGAUGACUUCAUCGUUCGAAACGUUCGCGCUAGUGAGCUCACCUAUUGGCCGUCAGCCUCGUCCGAGCUAUCACACUGCAAUAGCGUGUCUGAGUAACCCGUUGCCGGUCAAUGUGACAGAUGAUUGCAGGAAUGCGGUGUUUGUUGCGUCGAGACCUUGUAGAUUUGCGUGGUAGACAGGCAUCGCACGAUCGAUGUCAUCACUGACGUAUCGCGCAAGCAUUGAACCUUCUCAUAUAUGGGCUGAGGCGCUGCUGAUAUACAUUCGAGAUAUAUUCCUGACAGAAAGAUUCCGUACUGAGAACAAUUCUUGGACUGAGCAAUCAUGGCCUCCAAACUCGUUGCACGCGCAAAUCACGCUCUUGACCUCAACGGUAACACUGUCAACGGUGCUACAGCUGAUAUCGCCAUCACGACCCAUGGCUCCAACCUCUACUUCGCCAUCUGCGCUGCGAUGGGCUUCGCCGGCUUUUGCUUCGUCGGUCUUGCCUUCCGCAAGCAGCGUCGCGACCGCCUCUUCCACUACAUUACUGCAGCCGUCGUGUUUGUAGCAUGUAUCGCCUACUUCUCUAUGGGAUCGAACCUGGGAUUCACGCCUAUCCAAGUAGAGUUCCCUCGCAACAACCCUGUUGUCCGUGGUACCUACCGUGAAAUCUUCUAUGUUCGAUACAUCGAUUGGUUCAUCACGACACCGCUCUUGCUUCUCGAUCUGCUGCUUACUGCCGGCAUGCCGUGGCCGUCUAUUCUGUGGACUAUUCUUAUUGACGAGAUCAUGAUCGUCACUGGUCUGGUCGGUGCGCUUGUGGUUAGCAGGUACAAGUGGGCUUACUUCGUAAUCGGAUGCGUCGCCCUUUUCUACAUCGUCUACCAGCUCGUUUGGGAGGCUCGCCGCCAUUCCACUCGCUACGGUGCGGAUGUCACAAGAUGCUUCCUCUACUGCGGUUCCCUGACUGCCUUUCUCUGGAUCCUCUAUCCCAUCGCCUGGGGUCUAUGUGAGGGUGGCAACGUCAUCUCGCCAGAUUCCGAGGCCAUCUUCUACGGUAUCCUUGAUUUCAUUGCUAAGCCUUGCUUUGGUGCUCUUCUUAUUUGGGGCCACCGCAACAUCGAUCCUGCCCAUAUUGGUAUGGCCAUUAUGGACUACGAAGACGACGACCACAUCCAGGAGAAGCGUGGAUUGAAGCGUGGACCCCAGAACAGCGCCAUUCAGGCGCCUCUUGAUGGACCUGUCGAUACGACCGCUACCACCGGUCUUCACGGAACUCAGGUCUAAGCGUCGUCGACGGGAUUUUACAGAUAUACCCUAUUUUCAUUGAGCAGAUUGGGCGAGUGUACAAUGUUGGGCAAUUACGGCCAGUAAUCUAAUUUGAGAAAGAAGAGAGGUGUUUUUCAGAGGAAAUAAGGAAACAUUUUAAUGGAAUGAUUACUGUUGUAACUUUUCUUUCGCUACUUUUUCGAGUGCAGAGCAAAGGUCACCAUCUCCACUACACCCUAACAUAAGAAUUCCUCAUGUACCCAAUAAAAUCUCUCUGUAAUUAUCUCACUCUACGCUUACUUUGGCCUGAUCUUGAAAGUCAUGCUGGUGUACAAAUCUUUUGUACAACUUGAGAAUCCAAUAUUUUUCAUUUUGCCAACUUUGUAUGGCUGGCUUGAGUUUGUCACAACAAAGAGAUC